GGCGCAAACCCUUCCUACGAUUUGUUUUUAAUUUGUUGAGGUUAUGAAAAUGAUGACAAAUACACUAAAUCCGUUGUUAGCUUGUUAAUUGAAAAGUUUAAAAGUGAAAACUGACACUAAAAUAAUACGCAUAUUGAAUCAUGAGUGAAUUUAAACUUCAACAUUUAGUUGCAGAAUUGUUAAAGUCAUUAGGAGGAAAAAAUCCACCUGAAAAACUCGUGGACACUUUACAAAAAAGCAUAAAUAACAGCGCUGGUAAAGAAUGUUCUGGUUCACAGAUAGCAGUUCAAAAUUAUGUUCAACGGAUUGCUGAAGAUUUGAAAAAUUCUGAACCUUUCCUUGCAAAGUUUGAGGAUUUAAAACAGAAAAAUGUGGAUUGUUUAGGACCAUAUGUACAACUUUUAUAUCAGAUAUCACAAGAUCCUGGAGUUAAGUCCAUGUUGUAUAAAAUGGCUAAACACACAGCAUCUGAACAAAAAUUUGAAAUCACUAGGGAUGAUUUACCUCACGUAAAAAAUCGUCUGAAAAAGGAAGCUUUAAAAAGAUCACAGAAUGAUUCACACUCGGUCAGUAUUUUGAAUGUAUCAACUACACUACCUAGAGCAACUACUCCAUCCAUGAUUUCAUGGGUCCAAAGGCGACCAACUUUAUCAUGGGAUUUUUCUACACAAAGCUUCAAUACUGUGUGUGCUACAGUACCUGCAGUAUCCCAAGAAAAUAUACUCAUAGAAGAUCUCUUAAAUGUUUUGAUUGGUCUGCCAGGUUGUUAUAUAGAAGCUGAAGAACUGAAUGAUUUAUAUGGCCCAAGGACUUUUAAAAUUAAUGAUAAUGUACCUCUUCCAUUACAAGAAUUGGUUAGACAGAUUUUACCAAUUGCCAGUCAUUAUUCCAUUAUACAGAGAUUUACAGAAGAGAAGAUGCGAUUUGAGUUUGGACAAGUGAACAAUGCAUUAGCUGAAGUAAUGAAUUCAAUAUUGAAGGAACAUAUUAUUUAUAUAACACAGUUGCAAGAUGAAUUUUUAGCAGAUAAUUUGAAUUUACAAAAGCUUUGGUUUUAUGUUCAGAAAAGAUUGCAAGCGUUGGGUGUUACAGCCAAUAUAGCUUCAACUAUUAGUAAGUCAGAUGCAAGAGGUGGGAAAGUUUUAAGUUUGCUUCAUGAUCAUAUAAUAGGCUCAAUUGGUGAUGAGAGAACUCAACAAAGAUGCGUUAGUUUGAUGGAAGCUGCAUGCUUGCCUUAUAUGAAGAUGUUGGGAAUGUGGAUAUAUAGAGGAAUUAUUUCAGACCCUAUUAGUGAGUUUCUCGUAAAAGAUAAUGAAGUUAUACAAAAGGAAGACAUGCCAGUGGACUAUUCAGCUGAUUAUUGGGAUAAAAAAUAUUCUAUAGAAAGAGAAAAGAUCCCAAAGUUUUUGGAAUCUGUAGCUGACAUAAUUUUAAAAGCAGGCAAAUAUUUGAAUGUUAUUAGACAAUGUGGAAAACCCGUAAAAAAUAAAGUACGCCCAAUAUUGUACAAAAUCGAGGAAAAGCACUACAUAGAAGCCAUAGAAAAUGCCUACAAAUUCGCAAGUCAGAUAUUACUAGAUCUGGUUUUGAAGGAGAAAGAUCUGUUGGGAAGAUUAAAAUCUGUUAAGCAUUAUUUUUUAUUGGAUCAAGGAGAUUUCAUUGUUACGUUUUUAACUUUAUGCGAGAAGGAACUAAGUAAGGAUGUCGGAGACGUGAUCCAAGGACGCAUUGAGUCGUUAAUGGAUUUGGCUCUAAGAUUAUCCAGUGCUGUCAAUGAUCGGUACAAAGAUGAUUUGAGAACUGAACUGUUGCCAUAUGAUUUACAAUUUCAGAUGCUUAAAAUACUCACUAUUCAAACAAAUCUGGAACAAGAUUAUCGCACCUCCUACGAUCGACAAAAACUUCUUGUAAUUGAUUCGUUUGCGUUCAGUUACGAAGUUCAUUGGCCGUUAUCUUUGAUCCUGAACAGAAAAUCUUUGGCUUGCUACCAAAUGAUUUUUCGGCAUUUAUUUUAUUGUAAAUAUGUAGAAAGAAUGAUAUGUCAAGUUUGGAAAUGUAAUAAGGUUGCAAAAAAGUUUCACUUUGAAGAUGCACAACACUACAGAACUGCUUUUGCUUUGCGUCAGAGGAUGCUGCAUUGUGUUCAGAAUUUGGAGUAUCAUAUGAUGGUUGAAGUAAUUGAACCUCAUUGGUGCAUGUUUCUACAAAAAAUUGGAAAGGUCAAUAACGUAGAUGAAAUAUUAGCUUGCCAUUGCGACUUUUUGGAUAGUUGUUUGAAAGACUGUAUGCUCACAAUACCCCCUAUUCUCAGGACAAUAACAAAACUGCUAGCCAUUUGUGUGGAAUUUUGUCAGUUCAUGCAGCGGACGCAGCGAUACUUUGUGGAAGCUGAACUCGGUUCAUUACCAAACUCAUUGUAUGAGUCAUUCAAUCAGAAUGAAAAAGCCUUUCAAGACAAUUUACAGAGUCCUGCUGCUGCCGUACCCAGCUUUAAAGAACAAAUGUCUUUAUUUGACGUACAAUUUUCGGUAGCUUUAGUCAACCUAUUGGAUCAAAUUAAUGAUCUCAACCGGGACAGCAGUGAACAUGAUAGACUUUUCAACUUAUUAUAUAGGUUAGACUUCAACUCAUUUUAUACAGGUCAACUGCUGAAAAAGAAUUUUGGUGGACUCAAAAUUGGUUCAUCUGGUUGAAGAAUAUUACGUCUGUAUUUCCACCUGUAUACUUUGUGGAGUUGUAUUUUUUUUUUUUUUUUUUAAUUAAUAUAAGAUGCAGAUGUUUGUA